AUGGCAGAUUACAAAGCUAUUGCUGGAGAGACAAUCAGAAUAGUAUUAAACUACGUGGACGAUGAUGAAUGGACUGUACAUAAAACUACGAAGGAAGGCAAAGUAUCUUACAAGAAAUCACGUGAAUGGGACGGAUAUGUAUACAGGAUUGACACAACAAUGGAUUGCAGUCCACGGACAGCACAAGAAAUAGUAUUCAACAAAGACAAGCACCUGAAAUGGAACAAAAACCAGAAGGAAAUUACAAUAUUGAAAACUAUUGAAGAGGGUUGCGAAGUUCGACAUUCUAGUUCACCUUCUGCAAUGAUGGGUUUGAUAUCACCACGUGACUUCUGUAAUAUUUUCGGAACUGCCAGCUUUCCAGAAAAAGAUCUUAUUAUAGUUUACUACCAAACAGUGCAGUAUGAGACAUGUCCACCCAGAGAUAAAUACGUACGUGCUAUUAAUUACCCGUCUGGUACGGUUAUCUUUCCUAUCGAAGGAGAACCGGACAAGUGUAAAGCAGUGGUCAUCACACAGUUUGAUGCUAAACUCCGUCCCAAAUCACUAGCUGAAAAAUUCUACCCAUCCGUGCUCUUAGAAUAUGGAAUGGCAAUGAGGAAAGGUGCGGUCACCUGUGCCUAA